GGCGGGCAGUUAGAGGCAGGCAGUCUGUGGGCUGGAGAACGUGUGCACUAUCUGGCAGCCAGCUGAUCUUUGCUUUGGCAUUCAGUGCUCAGAGGUAGAGUGAGAGGGAGUGAGGAGGCUGUGAGCUCUCAGAGAGUGCUUUCAGCUGAGUGAAAGGGGAUUACAAAACUGAGGAGAGAGAGAAGGGAAAAAAAACAAACAGGGGAGGGCUGCUCUAGCCUAGUUAGAGGAAAAGAGAAGCAUUGGUGAUGAGAGUACAAGCUGCUGGGAAUGCCUUUAGAGGAAGUGAAGGCAGAGGCAGUCGUUGAGGGACUUGUGAUGUUUUAACCACAUCCGUGCUUUAGUCAGAAAGCGAGAGAGAGAAAAAGAACACAUUUGCUGUCAGAUCCUGUGCGAGUUUGCCCCCCUCCAUCUUGCGGAGUUCACAGUAGCAGCACCCAGAGAAGAGGAAGAACAAGGGACGAUGUCUUUCAGUCCGUGGCAGAUGCUGUCGCCUGUGCAGUGGGCAAAGUGGACCUGGUCUGCAGUUCGAGGAGGGGAGGGAGAAGGGGGGGAGGGGGCCGAGGACGACCCUGGAGAUGAUGAAGACUUUUCUCAGGAGGAAGAGAAAUCCCAGGGCUGCAGCUCGGACUCUGAGGGAAACUUCGAGACACCUGAAGCUGAGACGCCAGUCCAUGGCCCUCUAAGAGACCUGGGAGAGCUGGAUAAUUCAUCUGCUACAACAACAGGGCUGCAGGAAAAUGAUGAACAGCUGAUCUCUAAAUCAAGUGGGAAUCAGAAUACUUAUCUGGAUAAAAAUUCAAACCAGCAUGAGAUCACCCUGGUUCCCAAGAUCUCCAGUGCUGAGGAGUUAACUUCAGCUGAAAAGCAAAAUGUAGACGCACUUAAUAACAUAUCUGAUGUGACUCAGAAUCUAGCAAAUCUCACCGUCACUGGGGACAUAGGUUUGAGAAAGCCUGUGAGUCAGCACAAGCUCAAAGUUGACUCUGAGCCAGCUCAGGCAAUUGAGACUGCAGCUGCUAGCUUGGAUAUGUCAGCUGAAACAAUGGUGGUCAGCACAGAGGAAGCAGGUCAUGAAUCUGGUGAUGACACCACUUUGGAUCAGAUCAAAACGAAGAAGGUCAGGCCCCCACCCCUGAGCAUAAAGGGAGUACAGGGUGUCACCAACCAAGCUGAAGUAGAAGAUGAGAUCCCUGUUCCUAAGGCAACAUACUGCUUCAAUCCAGAUGAUUAUGAUGAUAGUGCCAACCCUUUUGCCAGUGGUGGUUCCAAGCUGCAGAACUCUCCACCUUCUUCUUCAGGCAAUUAUCAGAUGGAGUAUGUCACAAAUGUUGCCAAGGGUGCUCCAGAUGAGGCUAAACCUGUCAAGAUGGAAUUUGGGUUAAUGGACGAUGGUGAGAAUGGGGAGGUUAAGAAGCCACCACCAAGAAGACUGGGAAAAAAGCCUGGCAGCAGACUUACCCCCAAAAGACAAAAGUCUAAACCAGCAGAGCCGAACACUGAUGCUGCUCCCACCAUCCAGAAUUUAGAGGAAGUCCCCAUCCCUAAGGCAUCCUACAACUUUGAUCCCAGCCAGUGGGAUGAUCCUAAUUUCAAUCCCUUUGGUGGGACCUCUAAUUUGGGCAGCUCACCCGUCCUUCCCAAAGGAUCUUAUACUUUUAACCCUGACAACUUUGACGACUCCAUAGACCCCUUUAAACCCUCUAAGAGCUUUCCUGAGUUACCACAGGACUCUUCUACAAAUGUCAAUCUUGAAGAGGAUACAGAGAAACUUGAUCUCCCCUUGGACUCUGAAGGGAAAGGGAGACAGUCACCAAAGAAGACCAAGUCCAGAUUAAUUACGACUUCUGAGCAAGUGAGGUUUCUCUGUUUUCUGUUGGGUGCUUGCAAAGUGAAGAAAUAUGAAAACCAGUCCUUGGUUUUGGAUAUCUGUGGUCAGGACAAUGAGCCUGUGGUAUCAGAAGUCCCUGAUAUCGCUCAUCGUGAGGGGCAUGCCACAGACGAAGAGAAGCUUGCAUCCACUGUUUCCAGCCAGAAACCUGGAAAGCCAGAGAUGAAGGGUGAAAAUGAGGAGGAAUUCUUCGAGUGCUCCAACUUGCCAAACUCAGUCAAUACAAAGAAACUGUCCAGUGAGGGACUUGAAAUGGGAAUUUCUGACACUCCAGAUGAUCUGGAAUGCAAAGAUUCCUGCUCUUUGUAUGAUGUCCCAUCAAAAACCAAAAGCACAAAGCUGACAGGAAGUGAAGGCCAAGGCAAAGGGAGUCCAGUUUUAGACACCAUCUCUAUCAGUGAGGCUGAUAAAAUGGCAGUCCUCACCCUUAUUCGAGAAGAGAUCAUAACUAAAGAAAUUGAAGUAAAUGAAUGGAAGAGGAAAUAUGAAGAAAGCAGACAAGAGGUCAUAGAAAUGAGGAAAAUUGUGGCUGAGUAUGAGAAAACCAUUGCUCAGAUGAUAGAGGAUGAGCAGAGGACAAAUAUGAACUCCCAGAAAAACAUACAGCAGCUCACCCUGGAAAAGGAACAAGCCAUCGCAGACCUCAACUCAGUGGAGCGUUCCCUGUCUGACCUCUUCCGGAGGUAUGAGAACAUGAAGGGAGUCCUCGAGGGUUUCAAGAAGAACGAGGAGGUGUUGAAGAAGUGUGCCCAGGAGUACCUGGCCAGAGUGAAGCAGGAAGAGCAGCGGUACCAGACUCUCAAGAUUCAUGCCGAGGAAAAACUUGACAAGGCCAAUGAAGAAAUUGCUCAGGUUCGUUCCAAAGCCAAUUCUGAGAGUGUGGCUCUUCAUGCCAGUCUCAGGAAGGAGCAGAUGAAAGUGGAAUCCCUGGAGAGGGCUCUUCAACAGAAGAAUCAAGAAAUUGAGGAGCUCACCAAGAUCUGCGAUGAGUUGAUUGCUAAACUGGGAAAAACUGAUUAAGUCUCCAGUUUGAAUCCUUUAUAUUGGCUCUUGCCACUCUCUGAACCCACUCCCAAAAUACCCUCUUCAACACUGUGCAUGUGACAGCUAGCCUUACCUAGUGAUCAGCUCUGUCCAUAGAAUGAAAUCAGCCCCUCUGCACUGGCUAAAUUAGGCAGUAGGUUUUUUCAGUUAGGAAAAGAAGCAUACCCCAACUACAGAUCACUUGUACAUGCGGUGUCAUCUGAUAUUAAUAUUUAGCAGCAGUUCUCGGAAUGAAGACUUGAAAAACAAACAAAAUGAGAGAAACUAUAAGAGCUUGUAUUUUUUUUUAUUUCUACAUGAAGAUUGUGAUCCUUGGACUGCUUUUGCUGAUGCUCCUUGAUUGCCGUUGGCAAAUCGCUGGAAGCUCAGCUGCAGAUUUAAUAGAAUAAGAACUGUGGUUUCAUCGGUCUUUCAUUUUCAUCCACUAACUACGGAUGGAUAAAAAUAUGUGCAAACCAUCCAUUUUUAAAUUUUGAAUUUUAAUGUUUGAAAGUUGCUAAAGGUUUGAUGCCAGCUGAAAUGUUACGUGAGAACUGGGAAGUGGGGUCUCCUGACAGUUCGCAAUGUUUCACAAAACUAAAAAGGAAAGAGCUGAAAUGAAUGGGGACUACGUCCCCAGAUCAGCACCUGUACUCUGGCACAGGGAAAGCUUGAUCCUAAUGUUUACGCAACCAAAUUGCUGCUACAGUCGGAUUUAAAAUGAAAAAAAAAUGGUGACCAAAUUCUUUUAAUUUUUUUUUCCUCUUCACUUACAAAUCUUAAUUGUAUAUAGAAUGAUUAGUAAACUUUUAUUUCCUUAUUAUGAAAAGCUAUGACUUGGAAAUACUUCAUGUUGGAAAUACAGAGAGCUAUUGUAACGAGCAGAAUGACUUAAGAUUUUCAUGUUCCAUUGUGAAAGCAAUGCUUGAUGAUUUUCAUUCACCACUCAUCACAACUUAUACUCUGUUGCUCUGCUGAGUUCCUGUUGGUUUUGCUUGGAGUGGAAGGGAACUAAUGCAUUUAAUGUCUCUUUUUACUGUUAUAGAUCCCUGUAGAACAUUUUAACACAUUCACACCUCUUGCAGUUACAUUUCAACUCUAAACUACUCCAACCACUAUCAGCAAUGACACCGCUGUAAGCCACAGGAGAUAGUGCUGUAAGUGUGUCUAUAUGAACAAUUGUAUGGUGAAAAAAAUUGAAAAUGUAAUAGAAGGUAUUGGUUCCAACACUUUUUAUAAGAACAAAUUUAAAAAUGUAUUAUUUUUUGUAAUUUUAUUGUUAUUAUUUAAAGUGGUUAUUAUCUUGCUGGUGACUGAUUUUAUUUGAUCUUUUUAAACAAAUGCAUUCAUCCCUCCUAAAGAUGAGAAAAAUAACUUUGUGUGCCCACAUUCUCCCCCAGUAUUUGCCAUCAAAUAAUUCUCAAAUAAGUUUUUUAUGAUGCUAAGUAUUGGCUUUUCAAGUGGCAAAGUAGGUGAGGACAAAAUAAUGCUAAUUUAAAAACUAGAAACAUUAAUCUCAUUAUUUCCUGAACAAUGUCCGCUAUACUUUGAGCUCCUGUAUUUUACUGUUAAAUUCACAAAGCCUAGUCUUGAUCUUAAACCAUUUUUAUUCUUAUUUGGUUUUAUUUGUUGUUUGUUUUUUUAUUGUAAGCACAUAUCCUCCAAAGAACUUAUUGAACACUGUAUGCCUGUAAAAUAAUCUCUUAGAUUAAAAUUUAGCUAAAGAAAAGCUAAAUUCCGGAAGGAAAAAUAAGAAAUAAUGGAAAAUACGAUUCCAUUAUUGUCACUAUUUUUGUAGAAGCUUCAGGGAGGCACAUUUUGAUGUUUUUUUCAAUUACAUUUCUUCUGAUAGAAAGUUCUCCUGUGAUUUAAGCCUGAGUCAGAAUGACUCCCAUCCCUAAAGACUGCAUGGGCUAGCUGCAAGAAUUGCCACGCUCGUAUUGUAUAAUUUUCACCCUGUUUUCUAACAAAAAUGCCAGAUUUAAACAAGGAAACCUUUCAAGACCUGAUGCAGUGUCAAAACUGACAUCACUCCAGCAAUACUCAUGCAAAUUUACUCUUAAUGCACUUCAAUUUUUUAAUUACAUCAGCCGUGUGACACAUCAAUACACUAUUUUCAACUGCCAAAACACUUCGCUAUCUUUGUGCCAAAUGUAAACAGUAUUGUUAAUUUUACACAGAGUAUAGAAAAUCUGUUGCUGUGACUAAUAUGUUCUUUUUUCUUUUUUGAAUUGCUGCCAUAUGAUCGUGUAUGUUUUAUAUGCAAAAAAACUUUUUAGUGUCAUUAAUAUUUGUAAAGUGGAAACAUACACAGAUGUAAUGAAAUUAUAAUGUUUACUAAUAUAUAUUUUUGUCCAUAUCUCAUUGCCUGAAUAAAAAUUAUCAUAGUUAUCACCAA